GAAUCACCGGUCGGCCGUCGUAGUUCGCUCCCGUUGGGUACUGUACCUCCUGGGCGCCGGGUGCUCAUCCGUGAAGACAGGACUCACCGCGGCGCGCGCUGGACUUGCGUAGCGCCCUUACCUCGGCGUGCGUCAACUGUUCGUGACCCCUCUUCGGAGGGCGGACUGUGUCACUCAUGAGGACGGUGUGGCUGCUGCUCCCUUUUCUGGGUGUCUCCCUCGCCGCGUCUCUCGGCGACAUCGAACCGAGCGGUCUGAUUGGUCGCAGGGAGCUCCGGCGACCCGCGCAGUUCCUGGAGGCCCAAAGAGUCAGCAAUGGUGCCGCCGGCCGGCGCCAGGGUGUUCUGUUCAAGACCUUGUCGAACUUCGGCGGCCGCAGGAGGCUCUCCGCUCCUUCUGGGUCCGAGGUCGCUGCUUCAGUGGAUCCUGUUUCCAGUGAAAGCACCUCCGACGACGCUGUCGCCAGUCUCAUCAACCGCUUCGGAGGCGUGAUAAACCAGAAGCGCCGACUAGGAGAUGACGACGCAGUGUCUGAAGAUGGCGACGAACUCAUCACGGGCUCUUCGGGCACAAAGAGCCCGCUGCUUGGCGCAGGCUUCGACGGCAAGCCUGCCGUGUCUGACGAUGGUCCAGCGUGGACUCCCACUUACGGCGGCAGCUACCGCAAGGAUCCGGAGCUGCAAAGCAACUACAAGGCCCUUCUCUCGGAGCCAGACUUUGGUCCCAGCUCCCCACAGACGAGUGCAGCAAUCGUAGGAGGUGGUGCCGUUGGCGUGCAGGCGACUGCUGAAGGCACCACGUCCAACAAGCCCACCAAGGACGGCGAGUCUGAGCAAGACAAAGUUUUGAGUGUGGAGGCAACAUCCAAGACUGUAGACUCGAAAGACUGCAAGGACAAAACCACGAAAACAGAUACGGAAGUACUUUCAAGCACCGGAGGCGCUGUACCCGUUAUGCAUUCGGAAGUUGGUGCAUCUGCCGGAACCACGUCAUCCGAGACGUCAGAUCAACAGAAAGCGCCGUCGAAAGGCACACCAGAUGUACCUAAAGAUGAUUCCGAAGAGGAUGAUGAGGACUACGAGGACGAUGAAGAAGAUUACGAGGAUGACGAAGAGCAUGCACAAACUGGUGAUGCCGCCAAAAAAGAUGCCAAUAACAUUCAAGGCGUUGACGUCAAACCUACAACAGUAAGGACUGCAAUGAACGAAGAGUCAAAUCCUGAUCCUGAACCGAGGCUUUCUUUCGGUGAACAAGGAAGCGGUACAGUUACGAAAGCUUCCCAGACUUCUCAGCUUAGCGAGAAUGAGCAAAGUUCGGUAACGACCAGCGCAGCUACAUUGACCCCACUCCAAGAUAAUGCUGCUCUUCUUUCCGCUCGCACCGAUGUUAUCGAGAGCUCGCAGCUAGCAGAAAAACUGAGCCCGGGCACACAGGUGCCAGCUGGUAUGCCAAUAUCUACCGCUUCAAUUCUACCAGUCAGUACGGGUGCUGUAGAAGGAGAUGCUUCUAAAAGGAGAAACUGCCGCACAAAUAAACUGCGACAGUGCCGAGUAAAACUUCUACUCUGAUGGCUGUGUCACAGACUGCCACCGAAUUAAGUGAUUUAGAAGCUGGCCGAUGGCACUAACAAUGGUGGAUUCGUAUCGGGAUCUGCUAGUGCCAUGCCUGUGAAAAAGACGCAUGAAGAUUGCAAAGACAAUGCUAAGGUCAGCGACGUGAAAGAAAAAGAAAGUAAAACAAUUGUCAGUGGACAAGUUGUACAAGACAGCAGCCAGGGUGACCAGUUGGUACGUGCUCAGGGACAACAGGAGGUGACCCCCGCAGUUUCACAUAUAGAAGUAGACUCAAACGCUCAAGGCCUGCAACAUCGAGUGGUGAACGGUGUCAGCCGUGAGGCCGCAGAAGCAGAGAUACUCGCCAUCCUAAAGCUGCGUGCUGGCAAAAACGGCACAUCAGAACAACCGAACACGCAGUCAGACACUGUGGGUGGAACUGGGACCGGAGAGGAAAACGCUAGUGUUCCUACAGAUACUUUUAUGUCACCCGGCAUAAGCGAACAAGUGAACACGCCACCUGUGAUGAAUCAGAAAGGACCUGCCAAUUAUGAUCCCGAAGCAAAAACGUCUGGUCAUGGUGGCAGUGUGCUACUUACAGAUCGUGGCGUGCCAUCAGAAGUAGGACAAGAAAACGUACAAUUGUCAGGCUUGGGAGGCUUUAGUGAACAUGCUGUGCCGGAAAGUGUCAUCUCAGGCUACGGCAGUCCAGACGGAGUGGGAGUGUUUUAUUCCCUGGGAAAUGUUGCAAGCCAAGGUUCUUUCCCAUCUGAUACGGCCGCGUUUGUCGCCGAAACACCCGCUGUAGGAUUGCCGCAAGCCAGUGACAAACAAAAUGAAACACUGUCCUCGGGGCCUUUAAAUAACGAAACGGCACAGAAUUCGUCGACGAAGAUGGCCGGUGAGGUGGCUGGCUUACAAGAACCUGGUAAAAAUUCCAGUGACCCAGAAACGUACCAAAUGGCAUCAUCUCUCGGUGGAACCAUCGAAGCCGCCGAACAAAAAAUUACGCCGCACACUGUAGAGGACGACUCAUCAACGUCCUUCUUUGCCGGCACAGACUCACUGAGCAUGCAGAGUGAAAAGAAGUUGCCAGUUAAUGACUUAGGAGAGCCGACGGGCAUGAGCACAAAAACGGGAUUUCAAGAAAUAAGCAUCAAUGUUACAGACACGCAAACUCCGAUUGAUGUGAGCGGGAUUGUUAUGACGUCCGCGGAGAAUGAGAGCAGUACGCCAUCUCGCCCCAAGCCUUCCACUACCAUCACCGACAGCACGACAGCUGUUGUCGUUGAAGGCAGAAACUCAGACGCACCUAUUGAUGUCAGUGGCAUAGCUACCUCCUCGGAGACACCAACAGAUGAGAAGGAGACACCCAGUCAAAUACCUACAGAAACGGAUGCUGGUAGCGAGGCUCUGAAACCUCUUCAAAAUGAAACAAGGCUGCAUUCUAUGGACGAUAGUACAUCUACGAAAACAAAAGAUGAUUGCAAGGACGAUGACGCUGCGUCAAGUGCGGCCAAAAAUCCACACGGAAAGCCUUUAGUUUUUGGUGCUGCUCCUAAAACAAAUGCAGUUGGAGCUUCCGGUCCCGCUACUGACGACCAAGUUUCACCUGCUCAAAAAGAUGUUCUAUCGAGUGGUGCGACCGCAAAUGUAUCUAAGGAGAACGGCACAGAACAAAACAACGCGCCUUCUAGUGAACCGAGGGAGAAGAGUGCUGGCAAUGCCUCAGUACCAAGCGAAGGGAAACCCAUGGUUAAUGACAGUGAAACUCAGCCGCAGGAAAACAUCCAAGGAACUGGAACGGGAUAUGUCGUCGAAAUAAAAUUAACAGUCACUGCUGACGAUGAAAAUACCACGAGCACAACACCACUGACGACGACGGACAACGUUAUGGCUUCAUCACCCCGAAGUAAUGAAGCAAAAUUGUCCUCCGUGACCUCAGUGUCAGAAGUCUCUACGCCCCCUGCAACAACAGUGAGCAGCGAACACGAUGAUAGAGAAUUAGGCGGUGUAGAUGCACCUGAGCCCAUUUCGAGUAACGUAGACAAACCCACGGAGCAAAGUAUUGCGACUGUCGUCAACCAGAUGAUGGGUUCUAACGAGUCAUCCAAGCUAGCUAGCGUUUCAUCUCAGAGUGAAAACAAGGUCCCGUUGGCAGCCGUGCAGCACACACCACUUCCCAUUUCAAGCGUUAGCAUCUCCCCUGUAGGACAUUCGACAGCCACGCUUCCAGCCCUUGGAUACGCGACAGUAAAAGAAAUUCAGAUCGCCUCACAGCCAGCACUUGCGCCAAAGGUAAAAGGCCUGUUUCGAUAAGCGCUAGCACGUCA